CUGAGCUCACAGGGAGAGGGUGAGUGUGUCCCUGCUGAUCUGAGCUCUGCAGGCCACAGGGACCCAGGUCUUCCUGAAACGUCUCCAGGGCCCGGGUGGCACUGUCCAUGAGGACACCUUGGCCUCCUGUAUCUGCAUGGCUUGGUGGAAAGAGAGAAGACACCAUGACUCUCACCCUCAGGGCCCUGCUCUGCCUCGGGCUGAGUGUGGGCCUCUGGACCCCAGUGCAGGCAGGACCCCUCCCCAAACCCACCCUCUGGGCUGAGCCAGGCCCUGUGAUCCCUUUUGGGAGACCCGUGACCAUCUGGUGUCAGGGGACACCAGGGGCUGAGGAGUACCAUCUGGAUAGAGAGGGAAGCCCAGCACCAUGGAAAAGACUGGAUCUACUGGAGCCUGGGGACAAGGCCACGUUCUCUAUCACACGCAUGACAGAGCAGGAUGCAGGGAUAUAUCGCUGUUACUAUGGCAGCUCCACUGGCCGUUCAGAUCUCAGUGACCCCCUGGAGCUGGUGGUGACAGGAUUGUACAUCAAACCCAGCCUCUCAGCCCUGCCCAGCCCGGUCAUGACCUCAAGAGGGAACGUGACCCUUCAGUGUGGCUCAAGGCAGGAAUUUGACAGGUUCCUUCUGACUAAGGAAGGAGAUCACAGGCUCUCCUGGGCCCUGGACUCACAGCCACAGUCCAGUGGAGGGUCCCAGGCCCUGUUUCCUAUGGGUCCUGUGACCUCCAGUCACAUGUGGAGGUUCAGAUGCUAUGGCUGCUACAGGGACAACUCCCAGGUGUGGUCACUCCCCAGUGAUGCCCUGGAGCUCCUGAUCCCAGGUGAGUCUGGGAAGCCUUCUCUCCUGAGCCAACAGGGCCCCAUCGUGGCCUCAGGACAGAGCCUGACCCUCCAGUGUCGCUCUGAUGUCGGCUAUGACAGAUUCGCUCUGCACAAGGAGGGGGAACGGGACCUCCCCCAGGGCCUGGUCCUGCAGCCCCAAGCUGGGCUCUCUCAGGCCCACUUCCCCCUGGGCACUGUGAGAAGCUCCCAGGGGGGCCGGUACAGAUGCUACGGUGGAUACAACCUCUCUUCUGAGUGGUCAGCCCCCAGUGAUCCCCUGGACAUCCUGGUGGCAGAAUGGCUGCUUGACAGACCCUCCCUCUCGGUGCAGCCAGGCCCCAGGGUGACCACAGGCAUGAACGUAACCCUGCUGUGUCAGUCACAGAGCCCAGGGGACACUUUCCAUCUGUCCAAGGAGGGGACAGCCGAUCCUCCCCUGCGUCUGAGAUCAGAGCACCGAGCUCAGCAGUACCAGGCAGAGUUCUCCAUGAGUCCUGUGACCUCAGCCCACGGGGGCACCUACAGGUGCUACAGCUCACUCAGCUCCUCCCCCUUCCUGCUGUCACACCCCAGUGAGCCCCUGGAGCUCCUGGUCUCAGGAGCAGCCGACACCAUCAGCCCCUCACAGAACAACUCAGACCCCAAGAAUACCACCCACCCCCAAGACUACACCGUGGAGAAUUCCAUCCGGAUGGGCGUGGCUGGAUUGGUCCUGAUGGCACUCGGGGUGCUGCUAUUUUGGUCUCGAAACAGCCAGAAUCAGACCCAGGAUGCAGCCAGGAUGUGAACAUGGAGGGGAACAAUGCAUGGUUCAGAGAGGGGUAUCUUGUGGAAGUUCUGGAAGAUCAUGUGAGACAUAUGCUGGGGGACCUGUCUGCUGCUCCUUGCAGGUGGAGGAGUCAUCACGCAUGUGCAGGAACAAGGUCUGGACCUUCU